CAGCAAGAAAGCAUAGAUUAAACAUACAAUAAAGAUGGCUAAGAAAGCUGGUGUUCUUGGAGCCACCGGUUCUGUUGGACAACGUUUCAUUCUUCUCCUGUCGGACCACCCGGACUUUGAAUUGAGCGCACUGGGUGCCUCUUCCAGAUCCGCAGGCAAGCGUUAUGAGGAUGCCGUUACCUGGAAGCAGACCAGUCUGUUGCCAGAGAGUGCCAAGGACUUGAUCGUGUCCGAGUGCACCUACGAGGCGUUCAAGGACUGUGAUGUUGUGUUCUCCGGGCUGGAUGCUGAGUAUGCUGGUCCUAUUGAGAAGGAGUUUAGAGAAAAUGGGUUGGCUGUUGUGUCCAACGCAAAGAACUAUAGAAGAGAAGCGGAUGUUCCGCUGAUUGUUCCAAUCGUCAACACAGACCAUCUACAAGUUGUUGAGACCAAGUUGAACGCCGCCAAGGCCAAGGGUGAGAAGCGCCCUGGAUUCAUCGUGUGUAUCUCGAACUGUUCCACCGCUGGUCUCGUUGCUCCACUGAAGCCACUGGUGGAGAAGUUUGGUCCUAUUGACCUCUUGACCACAACCACCUUGCAAGCCAUCUCCGGUGCUGGUUUCAGUCCAGGUGUCUCUGGUAUCGACGUCUUGGACAACAUUGUCCCAUACAUCUCUGGUGAGGAGGACAAGAUCGAAUGGGAGACUAAGAAGAUCCUGGGUGGCUUGAACGAUGCCAAAGACGGGUUCAGCAUCCUGUCCGAUGACGAGAUCAAGGUCUCUGCCCAGUGUAACCGUGUUGCCGUCUCAGACGGCCACACAGAGUGCAUCUCCCUUAGGUUCAAGACUCAGAACAAGCCAAGCGUCGACGAAGUCAAGCAGUGUUUGAAGGAGUACGUCUGUGAAGCCUACAAGCUGGGAUGCCACUCGGCUCCAAAGCAGACCAUCCAUGUCCUGGAGCAACCAGACCGUCCACAGCCAAGAUUGGACCGUGACAGAGAUGCCGGCUACGGUGUCUCUGUCGGUAGAGUCAGAGAGGACCCAGUCCUCGACUUCAAGAUGGUUGUUCUCUCCCACAACACCAUCAUCGGUGCCGCAGGUGCUGGUAUCUUGAUCGCUGAGAUCUUGUUGAAGAAGGGUUUGAUCUAAUUCUAUUCUAUUUGGUAUUAUAUAGGUAUCACUACU